UUCUGCCGGGCGGGGAUGCCAAGUCUCCUGGUUUUGCAUCCCACACUAAGCAGCUGCACCAUCAUUUGGGUGGGUUUUUUUUUUCUUCCCUUUUUUGGCAAAAACCUCCCCCCGGAGCAUUCUACUCCCCGAGGGGGACUGGCAGCAGCAGUGUUUUCCGGCCCGCCGUUGUUCCUAAAAACUCUCUGGGUUUCAUUUUCGAGGCUCAGCAGCUGCUGCUGCCAUGCUGGGGGAAGGCGGAAGCUGCUCAGCCCCACUCUGGGGUCCUACAGUGGAGCCUCCAAGCCUCCCCUUUCCAGAGGUUGGGAGCCACAAUGUGCCAAAGAUUCGGAUGAUCCAGAGGCUCCCUCACUGGCAGCAGCAGGCAGGACUGGCAAGGCCCUAGCCCAAGACACCUUCCCGGCGUGCAGGAGGGACCUGUGCGUGCUCCCCAUGGAGAUCCGACGCGCGUUGCCCCAGGAUAUCCGGGAGCUGCUGCACUGCUUGAAGAUGAAGAGCAAGUACGCCGUCCUGCUGGUCUUCGUCAUCAGCCUCAUCAUCAUCGAGAAGGAGAACAACUUCAUCUCCAGGGUGUCGGACAAGCUGAAGCAGUCCCCGCAAGCACUGGCAGAGGCCAACAGCACGGAGGUCAGCCCAGCACCGGCCAAGAACAGCUCGCUGGCCUCGCUGCAGGAGCUGGACGCUGCUUUCUCCCAGCUGAGGUCCCACCUGUACAACAUCACCCUGCAGCUGGCAGGUAACGGGGACCCCGGGCCACGGCGGCACGUCCUGCUGAUGGCCACCACCCGCACUGGCUCCUCCUUUGUCGGGGAGUUCUUCAACCAGCAGGGCAGCAUCUUCUACCUCUUUGAGCCCCUCUGGCACGUUGAGAAGACGGUGAACUUCCUGCCUGGGGGAGCCAGCGCGGUGGGCUCAGCUUUGGUUUACCGAGAUGUCCUCAAGCAGCUCCUCCUCUGCGACCUCUACAUCCUAGAGAACUUCAUCUCCCCGGUUCCCGAGGGCCACCUGACGCCCUUCUUGUUUCGGCGGGGCUCCAGCCACUCGCUGUGCGAGGAGCCCGUCUGCACGCCCAGCACCAAGAAGGUCUUUGAGAAGUACUACUGCAAGAACCGCCGCUGCGGCCCCCUCAACAUCACUCUGGCGGCCGAGGCGUGCCGGCGCAAGCAGCACGUGGCCCUGAAGACGGUGCGCAUCCGGCAGCUGGAGUUCCUGCAGCCGCUGGUGGAGGACCCCCGGCUGGACCUGCGCAUCAUCCAGCUGGUGCGGGACCCCCGCGCCGUCCUGGCCUCGCGCAUGGUGGCCUUCUCGGGCAAGUACGAGACCUGGAAGAAGUGGGCGUCCGAAGGGGAGGCUCCGCUGCGCGAGGAGGAGGUGCAGCGCCUGCGGGGCAACUGCGAGAGCAUCCGCGUGUCGGCGGAGCUGGGGCUGCGGCGGCCGGGCUGGCUGCGGGGCCGCUACAUGCUGGUGCGCUACGAGGACGUGGCGCGGGCGCCGCUGCAGAAGGCGCGGGAGAUGUUCCGCUUCGCCGGGCUGCCCCUCACCCGCCAGGUGGAGGAGUGGAUCGGCAAAAACACGCAGGCUCCCCCCGACGGCAACGGCGUCUACUCCACGUGCAAGAACUCCUCGGAGCAGUUCGACAAGUGGCGGUUCAGCAUGCCCUUCAAGCUGGCGCAGGUGGUGCAGGAUGCCUGCGGCCCAGCCAUGCGGCUCUUUGGCUACAAGCUGGCCAGCAGCCCCGCGGCGCUGGCCAACCGCUCCUUCAGCCUGCUGGAGGAGGCACAGCCCGCCUGGGUCACGUAGCGGCGCGGGGCCGCGGCGGCGGGGCGGAACGAGGGGCUGCGGCCGUGCUCCCGGCCGGUCCGGAGGCGACCUGGGGGUCCCUGCUCCCAAAAAUGCUCCUCGCUGCUGCCAGGUGGCAGCCCCAGGAGCCGGAGCAUCUUGGCAGAGCUGGCCCCAGGGUCCUGCAGAGCCUGAAUGACACAGCUUCUCCGGGAAUGGGGAAAUGGUAAAGGUGAGGGGCGGUGGGGUCGGCAACAGGGCCACCUCUCCAGCUCGGGAGCUGCACUGAGGAGGAGGAGGGUGAUGGCAAACAGAGGGGGACAGGACCAAGCGCCUCUGCCUUGCCACCCCCCAUGCCAGCUGGGACGGGGCAAGGACAAAAUCCCUGUGGUGCCAGCAAGCGCCUGGAGACCUUCUUGGUUUAGUGCCUUCAUACACCAGCAGAGACUGGAAAGUGCCCACAGAGCCCUGGACGGCACUUGGGCUACAACAAAAUGAGGUGACUAUGGUUUGGUGCUCUUCAAACUUGGUUUUGGAGGUUUGUGUUUAUUUCCUUUUUUCCCUGUGUAUUUGCAUACCAGGUGAAUUUAUUUAUUUAUUAUGUGAAAAGGAGGGGGAGGCUGGUCAAGGAGCUAAGCCCAAAAAUCAGAGCAGCACAACAAGCACAAAAGGAGACACCCAGAACAGAGGUCCCAUUUUAGCUGGAGACCACCACGUGUCCUUCUGUACGAUCUCGGGAGAGCCCCCGGGGACUGACGGGCUGUAACGGCCCCAGCCCCCGUGUGGCAGCGGCUGCGAACUUCUUAGGAGGUGCUGAAAGACGGUCAGACUUAUCUGAUUAAAAAUAAAGCCACCAGCACAAAGUCCAAAGCAUCUCCUGUCUCCUCAGCAUUUGUGGGUGUCCCCUGCCCAGGGGAACCCCAGAAAUAAGUGCUAACAGCACUCAUGGGUGGCCAAACCUGAUAGAGGCCCAGGGAGUUUCAGGGUUUUUGCCAUUUGCAGAUGUUGACCCAGUGCCAAGCUGCCCCCUCCGAUUCACAUUUCAUUAAUUAAAAUGCCUAUUUUUA